AUGACAGAUCAAGGAGUAUAUUUUGGACUGCAAAGGAAUGAUGCGAGGCUUCAGAAUAUAGAUUUGCAAUAUAAAGGUGAUUAUUUCAACGGAAUAUUUACAGGUCUUAUGAAUCAAAUCAAAAAUGACGAAAAUAAAAAAAUAAAUAUCCAACAAAUUGUCAAAGCUAUUUCAAAAAAGCCAUCAGGUGAUAAAGCUUCUCUUGACAUUCUUUAUGGCGACAAUUCAGAAGUCACUACAGAAAUAUUAAACCCGAUUGAAAUCAGUUUUCAUAAUUUUCUAAUAAAUCCUACUGCUUACGCAAUGAGAUAUAAUGAGUCAUCAAAUCAACCAAUAUUUUCUUUUGUAAUUUAUGGUUUAACCGAAGAUGAUAAUUGGGUUCUUUUAGAUGAAGCAAGAAAAACAUAUUUGAAUCCUAGUACAAUUGGAUUGCAUGUUAAUACUUUGUUUUGUGAUCAAUAUUACAAAGCUUUCCGAAUUCAGCAAACUGAAAGCAUAGUAGGUCGAGCUUAUGGUGUAAUUCAGUUCGAAUUACAUGGAACUGUUGUAAAAGUCCAGUAA